GGGUUGCCGUGGGGGCCAGUUCUAAAUUUAUAAUGGGAGACUUUUGGUGUUUCGGCAAUGUUGUUUACUCGCUCCUUCCUGGUGUUGUCAUCAAAGGAUAUGAGGAUUCAUCUGCGGUCAUCGAGUACUCCCAUACACCGGACCUUCAAGGCAACGACGAUCCUAUGUCUAGAGAGAAACUGAUAUGCAUUUUUCUCAAGAUCAAGCACAUCUUAAAUACGGGGAGCAGUCUAUUAUCAAAGCCGAUAGAGGUUGGUAUGAGAUGGGUUGGCGGAAGGAAAAUACUGCAAAGGAUUGCGGAUGGCAGUCCUUCUAUACGGUCAAAAGUCCAGAAUCUUGCAGGGAACGUCGCGCCCACGUCUUAUGGCAUAGUCCCGACCACGAUGGGUUCGCCUGUCUCAUCAUCGAGUGAUGUGUUCUUGCGCGCGACCUUGACUCUAUCAAGUACGUCGUAGCGGUUUAAUUGUCUUCCCAUAAUUUGCCGAAGCUUUUCAUGGCACUGGCAUGUGCGGGCUGGACGCUGUACGCAAGCCGCAUGCAUAUAUCUCCACACAUGGGGACGUCCAGACCACGGGCCAUUACAGUGUUAGA